GAUCCCCCCCCCCCCGAUCCUACUAGAUGCGUCAGGGAGCGUUCCUGGUGAAUGCAGCGCGGGGAGGGCUGGUGGAUGAGAAGGCCCUGGCUCAGGCCCUGAAGGAGGGGAGGAUACGUGGCGCUGCCCUGGACGUGCACGAGAUAGAACCCUUCAGUUUUGCUACAGGCCCUCUGAAGGAUGCUCCCAACCUGAUCUGUACACCACACACAGCCUGGUACAGUGAACAGGCUUCUCUGGAGAUGAGAGAGGCAGCUGCCACCGAGAUACGAAGAGCCAUCAGCGGCCGCAUCCCUGACAGCCUAAGAAACUGUGUGAAUAAGGAGUUCUUUGUGACCACAGGACCGUGGGCAGUAAUGGACCAGCAAGGUGUCCACCCAGAGCUCAAUGGCACCGCCUACAGCCAAGCCAACCAAACUCUGCACGCCCUAACAACCGGGGUUCCUCAAGACAAAAUGUAGUACCUAUUGGCACUCAGGUACCCGCCGGGCAUGAUGGGCAUGGCUCCAGGGGUGAUCCCGGGUGGCUUAGAGGGGAUGGUGCCAGGGGGGGUACCAAUCGCCCAUACCCUGCCCUCUGGUACCCAUCCGUCCCAGGCCCCCUCGCCCAACCAGCC